AUGUUUUUUUUCCAUUAUUUAGAAGAAGAUAUCGAUGGUGAUACACUUUUUAAUUUGCCACAAUCGAUGAUGUAUGAAAUUAUUAAACCAAUGAAAGAUCGUGUACGUUUUCUAACAGAACAUCGUGCAUUGUUUCAUGGUACAAGUCAAAAUAAUAGUGAUCAGCUCUUGUCAAACAACUACUUAGAGUAUUCAUCAGAAAAUAGUUCAAAACAAUUAAUGGAACAACGUACUACUGAUCAAGCUGCAACAGCGUCGGCAAUUACACAUUCAAAUAAUUAUCAAGGUGAUGCUUUUCAAUCAACUUCUUUACCAAGUCCCGAAGUUAUAAAUGAAGAAACAAUUAAAUCACCAAAAGAAUGUCAAGAAAACGACAACAAUGAAGACAAUGAAGAAUCUAUUUUUCCAUAUGUGUACACGUUACCAGAUUUACCAUUGAAAAUUCAACAAUUUAUAGAUAAAGGAGAAAUAAGUCAUUUCGGCGGUCAUACAAAUGCACGUCGACUAUUACUUGAUGUUAUUUUUACAGAUGUUACAACAAACUAUUCUUUGCUUUAUCCGAAUUCGAAUCAAUAUAGAUCAAUGGCAAUUGCAACAUUGAAAUUGUUUAAUAUUCAUAAUGAUACUCAAGCAUUGAACGAUUGGAUCGAAUGUCUUAAAUCUAAAUUCAAAAGAGAGCGUCGUCCGCUUCAACAAACAUCUGAACAAGUUCAACGAAUGAAACUCAAGCAUAGUAGCACCUAUGGUCGCCCAAUAAAAGGAAAUGAUAAUAUAGUUGCACCCCGUCGUGAAGUUCCUAUUGAUUUUUGGAAUAAAAUUGAUCUUCAUGAUGAUCCUGACGAUUUAAAUAAAAGUAUUCAAUUCAUGAAGAACGAGUUAUCACACGAAAAAGUAAAUUUUGAUGAAGUUAGAAUCGCAUGGAAGAAAACAUUGGUAGUUCGUAGACAAUUUAUUCAAACUCAUACAACAAAAGAAGUGUUACAAGAAUAUCCUGGUUAUCAUCAUGUUGUAUUAAUUUUCGACGAAAUUCAAUAUCUAUGCAAUGUUGACAUUGAAUCAAAUUUAGAAAAUGCGUUGCAAAAAUUACUUGUUAUGGUUCCCGACAACGAAAGUUAUGUAAAUGAUCUUCCCACAGUACGAUUGAUCAAACUGUUAACUAAACAUUUUCAAGAUUCAUGGCAAUAUUUAUUACGCAAUAAAGAACCAGCAUGUCCUCGACCAACUAUACAAAUAACAGACGAUAAUUUUUAUAUAUAUUUGGAUUUUGAUAUGAUAACUCAAACAAAAUCUAUAAAUCAAGCAUUAAGUGUUGUCAUUUCAUUAUAUGUCAUAUUCGAAUUACAAUUUGGCACGCACAACCGAGUUAUUCAUUUGUUGUACGGAAUAUUGUUACAAGAGUCAAGCAUUCUUUCGAAACAAUUACGACUUGCAUUAAAACAAUGGAAUUUUCAUAUUGAUAAAAAAGAACGUACAGGAAAUAUUCAACUUGUUAAAACUAUCUCAACAACUAAUAAUACACAAACAACUACUAUAGGUGUUUUAAAAGAAAUUGAAGGUGGUCAUGGUAAUCGAUCAUUUGAUAACAGCUACCAAGAGAAUUCUAUCAGAAACAUAGAUGAUACACAAAAUUCAACAACAAUCAGUACAAAUCCAACUGCCUAUAUUAACAUGGAAAAAUGUACAACACAAACAUCACGAUCAUCUAAUUUAUCAUCACCUAUUGAUCCACCAUUAAUUAUACAAAUUGCAACACCAGAGAAGCCGGAAGAAGAAUUUUUAUCUGAACCAAUUACAAGUGAACAUACCAAACGCACGUUGAACAAUGUCGAGUCAAACUCGUCAAAAUCGAAUCAUUUAUGUACAAACAAUAAGAAAAAAUCUAGUUCUAUAUCACGAAAACGUUCAGCCAGCCCAGAAAAGCCAAUAGCACAACGAUUAAAACGAUCACGAAAUAAGACAAAGACAAUAUGA